AUGGAGGGGCCGAAUAUGGAGGAAGCUGGCAGCUCUUUCCCGCAACGGAUGGCAUCAGCGAGGAAGCGGGUGUCUGUAGCCUGUCAGACUGAUGCGCCUUACGGUUCUGUAAGUCCUUCCUCAUUGGGGCAACCGAAUCGCACAGCGUCAAGUGGCUUGCUGGCUGUGAAUUCUGCAAGUACACCAGCGACCAGCUCUCGAGCCACAACGACUUCGCCUGCGACCGAAGAACAAACUUUGAGAGUUACGAUACAGCAUUUUUCGAAGAUGGUGGAUACACUUUGUUCACCAUGUAAACGGAUCAAUGGGGUUCCAUGGAGAAUUAUGGUCAUGCCGAAACAGCACAUGGUGCAGAAGAAAAAUCAGAAAUGUAUGGGUUUUUUUCUGCAAUGUUGUCCUGAUAACACAUAUUCAGACGCAUGGACAUGCCAAUCAGUUGCGGAAAUGCGGCUUAUCGCUCAGAAACCAGGUGUACAAAAUUUUGUGCGAAAAACUACGCACGUUUAUAGUGCAAAGGAAAAUGAUUGGGGCUACUCUUGCUUCAUGACUUGGGCGGAUGUUCUUGACGAAAGCCAAGGAUAUAUAAAAGAUGAUCGGGUCACUUUAGAAAUUACUGUGAAAGCGGAAGCCCCUAAGAAUAUGAUGUCGCGUGAGGACUUUCGACGAUCUAUUGACCAGUGGUACAAUUUAGCUGAAAUGCAAUUAGCUCGUGGCCAAGUUGAUCUUUCGAUUGAGGCGAAUGCUCAGGCUCUCAAAUUCUGUAAAGACAAGGACAAACAGUCGCAGGAAAAAUUGGAGGCGCAAAGAGAACGGCUGGUGAACCACAAACUUGUUGAAAGUAUUCACCGAAUUGAAAAAGUAAAAGAUGUCCCGAAGGGAACGGGUGAUGCACUUCGUCCAACUUCCUUACGGCAAGCACUCACAGGUGCGCAAAAAUCGGCGACUACAUCAAAAGCGACUAAAGUUAUCAAAAAAGAAAGACGAAGUAUUGUUCAGCAGGGAAAAAAGUCAGGAAGUACUCCAGCAGUCAAGAAUUCAGACAGAAAGUCCGGCGAAGGAGAAGAUGAUAACAGUAAUUCACUCAGCUCUGAAGAAGCAAAACAAAGAACGGACAAGACAGAGAAGACUGAAGUAAAGCAAAAUGUAGAGACUCGCAAACAGCGAAGCAGAAGUCUCAGUGAUAGUGACACAAUGAAAAUAUUCAGCAAGAAGGAUAUGCUUACCGACCAAGCGCUCUUGGACGAUGAAGACGGCGCUGGUGAUGGAAACACCGUAUCACCAGGAUUAGACGAAGGAAAGCGUAGUACUGAAAUAGUCAAGAUCGAUGAUGAUGAUGUGAACGCUGUGAAAUCACGCAACUCCUUAGAUACAAAUACUGGGAAUACGGAAGACAAAACAAGAGGCGAAAGCGGAGACCUAGCGCAUAGUGAGGACGACUCUAGCGAUUAUGGCGAGAACGGAAUACGUGAAAUGUGCGGCUGCGGACUCCACCAUCACCGUGAUGCUUGCCGCCACUCCUCGAUUUCCUCACUCGAACCGGAAGAUGAAGACCUUGAAAAUGAGAACUAUGAGGAGAAUAUUACGGAGCAUACUGCCGUCGAAAUGUGUGAAAACGGCUGCCAGACAGAAGACAGUGGUGACAUCGAAACUCCACAGCUUACCACGUUGGCGGCAGCAGCAACUCCGACGCCAGAAACUACUCCGUCACUUGUCACGACUUCUCCUCCUGUGCAAACGGCUACCAGAGAAAGACGCCACGCAGGAUCGGGAAUUGCAAAAGAUUCUUCAUUGUUCCGCGAUAACGUAGCAAAAAUGGCAGAGUCCACAGAGGAAGUGCUCCAGAAGAUAAUGCAGACUCGUGAGCAACAACCGCAAGUCGAGAAGAUAUCAGAAGCUGACCAACAGCGACUACUACAAUUCUGCAUCAAAAACUUUGGCAUAGACAACUUUUGUCAGGAUAUGAUCCCACCGGAGUUAGCUGGUUCUGAUGAGACGAUGCGGUGCUUCACUGCCACGCUCAAUGCCAUAAUGCAGAAGCGCCUUGAGAUUAUAAGUGAUGAUCAUGGGACCUGUUGUUUAGCAUCCGGGCUCUGCACUGUACAUUCGAACCGUAUAUACAAAGCUGCAGAGAGUUUUGUGAAGGUAGUUGAGCAGAUGUUCGAGUCAGAAAUUCUGACUGCGACAUUUGCAAAAAUGAGUUUUAUGAGCAACGUUUCAAGUGAAGAAGUGCCAAAGAAAAUAUCAAAAUCAGCAGCAGUUACGAAUGGUGGAAAGUCCACAGCUCGGAAAACAACUGCAGCUCACAAGAAGUUGCCACAGCCACAGACAACUCAGCAACAGCAGCGUCCAGUCUCACCGCCUUCAGAGCCUCCAUCAGAAUUUGCGGUUUCGCUCUCUGAGGCUGAUGACGAGGAAAGUAUUGAUGAUUUCGAGGAACUUCACAGCGCGUGUCUCUCGGGAGAGGAUGUUGAGCAACAGAUGCGUGAACUCCUGAAUGAAAUCAGUCAUUGCCGCGUACACGACUUGAUCUUGGAUAAAAUCGAAUCUAUGGAAAAAGAACCAAACAACAGUUCAAUAGGACUCCGCGCAUUGCUUGUGCAAUUGUUCAACUACUCACAAACGUUGUCGGUAACUGGUGAUCGCAUGGAAACAAUGGUGGCCCAAGCUAGAGAAGUUCAGCAAAUAAUCCAGGGUCCGGAUGCUUUGAGAGCGGCUGAGCAGAUGAAGAGAAAUGAAGAAAAAUUGACUGAAACAGAAGCCGCACUCAAGCAAGCCAGAGCUGACCUAGCCAAAGAAUUAGAACACAAAAAGAAGGCGGAGCAGCUUCGUAUGGCUGAGUCAUCUAAGCUGAAGGAGGAAACAGCCAAGACCGAGCAACUAACUGCUCAAUUAAAAGAAGCACGAAAUAAUCUGAAGAAGAUGGAAAAGAAAACGAAGCAGGACGAGACACGUAUAGGUACUCUUGAAGCUGAGAAAUUUGAUCUUGAAGAUAAAGUAAAGUCUCUCAAAAAAGAACUAGACCAAAUCAAGAAGAAAGCUGCAGAAGAUCGAUCGAAAGCUAAGAAAGAGAAGGAGCGAGAUGCUGAGCAAGUACGCCGAUUGGAGAGCGAAGCGCUCGAGCGCGAAGCUGAGCGUGACCGUGAGAGGCAACAGCAUGAGGAAUUCAGGCGAGAUGCGAAGAAUCGUGAACAAAAAUGGGAGAAGGAGAGGAAACAGCACAUGUCCCAAAUUGCCGCCCUCAUUGAACGCGCACGAUCAGCUGAAGUUGCACAAGUAGGAAUGAUGCUAAGCGCAGGUGUAAACGUUUUGGAGAAGACAAGAGAUGAAGCCGCACUCAAUCUCGCUGAAGCCGAAGACAACUUGAAACGUGCACGCACUCAUUCUGAUAUGGAGACGAUGCGCCGUAGUGUAGCGGAAUGGAAAUGCGCUCAUGACGAUUGCGUAUCCGCAAUAUCUCAAGCUCGAUCCGAGUUUGAAGCCGCUUGUGACGCCAUCCGCAAAGGACAAAGGACUCUUGCUCAACUUACUGAUCUAAAAAUUCCAUCAGCACCAGCUCUCCCGAAAGUUGUACGCUUGCCGCCAGUCCAGGUUGUACAACCCUCUACACCUGCCUGUCCUGCCACAACUACUUCUGUCUCCUCAGUCAUUCAGCCUCCUCCUGCUGGAGUUAUAGGUCAACCGCGAACACCACAAAACAACCGAUAUUCUUCACAUGUGUCACCACGUGAUAGUACCUCUGCUAGUUCGUCCAGCGCACAUGUUCCACAGUCGCCGUCAUCGUCAUCAAGGUCCGUGUCAGGAAAUCUUCCCACCGCGCCGCCACCCACUGCUCAGCUCUUCGAACGAUCACCAAUGAAGCAACCGUUGCCAAUUGGUGUUCGUCCUGGUCCAGUUCCCACGCCUGCUUCAUUGCCCAUGGAUGACUCAGCAGUUCCUUCUGCUGCAACUCCAGCAGCUUCCCCGUGGUCGUGGUCGACACCACUUGGCAACCUAGCUGAUAUUCGCCCGUUGAGACCUGCUUCUGAGCAGGCUCACCCUUUGCUUCAACAACAGACUCAUCACGAAAUGUGGAGAAACGGUACCACCACGGAUUCCUCACAGGUGCGUGCUCCUCCUGGAUAUAACUUAGGAUGGGGUGGAGUGAAUGGAAGCUCUAUAAGCUCACCAUCUCAAAGCCUCAAUCAAAACAGUUCGUUCUGGAGAGGUGCUGCGGGAGGUGGUGGAGUUCCACCCGGUCAACAACAAUACAAGUACUCCGCUGCCGACAAGUAUCCAAUGCACGUUCCAUCUUUCUGGGAUAGUUACAGCAUAUUAGUGAAAGAGUUAGCGAAAGAAUUUAGCAACAAUAAGAAGAAGGAAUGCUUAAGGCUCCGGAGCAAGUGGCCCAAGUUGGGGGCAAGUGGCCGAAGCGAGAUGCGACCGCAUGCACGUUGCACCCUUAGAGACGAUGGCUGGAAUCGAGGCGCAACCAUUGCUAGUGCCAAGGAGCUGGCCUUCGACAGGCUCCAUUUUCUUUAA